GUGAAUUUUUGGGGUGAGGGUGUUAAUUCACGUGAUUCUGGGGGCAUUCCGGUAACACAUCCAAUUCUCAUGGCCCCACUCUUCCCGCACGCACAAAUCGUGUGACCUCGCACGUUUGGUUUCAUAUGCUUCACGCACACCCAAUCGCCACCCUCCCUCAUCCGUGUCAAUUCCUUCACACGAGUGCCGAUAACCUAACCCUCGCCGGGAAAUCUAUUCCUUUCGUAAUUUAUCCCGCCGGUGCCACCGGCGUCAUGUCUCAACGAUUCCGUUAUGUUUCCGGCGGAUGCUGAACUCCGGCGAGCUCACCUCACAAGAUCUAACCAGUUGUUAACGUGUUAUCUGUGAGUUGUGACGGAGGUGCGAAAACUUGUUUUUUUGUAGCUUUAAGAAGAAGAUGGAGAGUUUUGAAGCUUUCACGAGCCCGAGGGAGUUCAAAAUUGUGUAUGCUGCUGAUCAUGGAGGGAUUCUUCUAUGCCUAGCAUGUUGAAGCAUUGAUAGUAUCCUCCCAGUCUGUGCAGUUUUAUGGCAACUGAAAUGCAGAGAUUUGGGACAAGUGAAGAAGAGGAUGAAGAAAUGGGAUUGGAUGUGAAAGAAGAAGGUGAGAAUGACGAAGAUGAUGACGAGAAGAACUCAACACCUCCAACAAUGGUAGGUGUUGAUGGAGGAGUAAUGACAUCAAGCAGAAGCAAUAACAGGUUUCAACAUCAGCAGCAGUUUCAAGAUCAGAUGACUCCACAAGGAGGUGGUAGAAGGUGUAGACCUAUUGAAGAAAAGGAAAGAACAAAGCUUCGUGAGAGACAACGAAGGGCAAUUACUGCAAAGAUCUUGGCAGGCCUAAGAAGACAUGGGAACUACAAUCUUAGGGUUAGAGCCGAUAUUAAUGAUGUGAUUGCAGCUCUGGCUAGGGAAGCUGGUUGGGUUGUUCUUCCUGAUGGAACCACCUUUCCAUCAAGAUCACAGGGUGUGAGACCUGCUGCUGGUGUAUCAACUUCAUCCACCUCACUACCAUUGCAGCAGAACCAAGCUCCUUCUCUAAGAGGCAUCUCUUCUGCCUGCCCAAUUGAGAUGGAUAAUGAGGCAUGCCAAAUGAAAGGUUUAUUUGUUCCUUCUUCUGCUUAUGAUGUGUCAUCAAGUGGUCGAUCUCAGUCUUCUCAUAUGCUGGGAGUUGAAGUUGAUGGUCAAGAUGAUCCACUGAUAGGGGUUUCUGUAGAUACUGUUGCAGGCAGGCAGGUUGUUGACAUGCCUUCAAAGUUACAAGAACGAGAUUUUGCGGGUACUCCUUAUGUUCCUGUGUAUGUGUUGCUUCCUUUGGGAGCAGUUAAUAUGAAGUGUGAAGUUGUAGAUCCUGAUGGUCUACUGAACCAGUUAAGGGUUUUGAAGUCUAUGAAUGUUGAUGGUGUAAUGGUUGAUUGCUGGUGGGGUAUAGUUGAAGCACAUGUUCCACAGGAGUAUAACUGGAAGGGGUAUAAACGGUUAUUUCAAAUGGUGCGCGAGCUUAAGCUCAAGUUACAGGUAGUGAUGUCUUUCCAUGAAUGUGGAGGCAAUGUCGGUGAUGAUGUUUGCAUACCCUUACCACAUUGGGUGGCUGAAAUUGGGCGGAGCAAUCCGGACAUAUUUUUCACAGAUAGAUCAGGAAGACGCAACCCGGAAUGUCUCUCAUUGGGGAUUGACAAGGAACGUGUUCUAAGAGGUCGCACUGCUUCAGAGGUCUACUUUGACUACAUGAGAAGCUUUCGGGUUGAAUUUGACGAGUUCUUUGUAGAUGGAGUUAUUUCAAUGAUUGAAAUUGGAUUGGGUCCAUGUGGGGAGCUUCGGUAUCCGUCUAAUCCUGUGAAACAUGGUUGGAGAUAUCCAGGUGUCGGUGAAUUUCAGUGCUACGAUCGAUACAUGUUGAAGAGCCUGACAAAGGCGGCUGAAACAAGGGGACACUCGUUCUGGGGUAGAGGACCAGAAAAUGCAGGCUCUUAUAAUUCUAGGCCUCAUGAAACCGGAUUCUUUUGCAAUGCAGGGGAUUAUGAUGGCUACUAUGGUCGCUUCUUUCUUAAUUGGUAUUCUCAGCUAUUGAUCAACCAUGCUGAUCGCCUGCUUUCUUUGGCUAAAUUUGCUUUUGAAGGGACUUUCAUUACUGCAAAGCUAUCAGGUAUUCAUUGGUGGUACAAGACAUCAAGUCAUGCUGCUGAGUUAACUGCUGGCUUUUACAACCCGUCCAAUCGUGAUGGCUAUGCUCCGAUUAUGGAAGUCUUGAAGAAACACGGGGUUGCCUUAAACUUUACCUUGGCCCACAUGAACAUCAACAUGGACAUGGACAUGGACUCCUCAGAAGCCCUUGAAGAUCCUGAUGCUUUAGCCUGGCAAGUGAUGAAUGCUGCAUGGGAUUCUUGUAUAGCUAUGACCAAUGGGAGGCAUUACUCUGCUUUUACUUACCUUAGACUCGGUCAGCUUCUCAUGGAUCCUCACAAUAUCAUGGAGUUUGAACGAUUCGUCAAGAGAAUGCAUGGGGAGGCGGUUCUUGAGAUCCAUGCCUAGGUGGAUGGAAGCAGAGUGGAGAUGUGCAUUAUUAUUAUUAUUAUUAUUAUUAUUAUAAUAUUAAGAUUUAUAUACUAACCAAAUCCAAGAGGUGAUAUUUUUAGUAUUACUGUAAAUGUGAAUACAAGUGUAGAGAAGAAAUCCAGGGUCAGGCCAUAUGAAGAUGAAAAAAAAGGUAAAUUAAUUAGUCUGUUUAGGGUUGAUGGUAUUUAUUUGUGAUCAUAUAUUCGAUACACUUUAAAGAAAUUAAAUAUCAGAUUUUAGCUAAUUUCUCAUCUUUACUUGAUGUCAAAUAUAUAUGACACCAAAGUAAUAUUAUAAUCUGUUGGUAAAAUGUAAAUUGUAAAAAGA